GGUCCUUUCCCUGCGCUGAGCAGCUUGGAGAGCCCUGGAGGGAGAAACUUCUGGGGAUGAUGCGCCCGCGGUUGCUGCAGCCCAGGAAGCCCUCCAGGGAAAUGGGGAAGGCGGAACCCUGCUGCGGGAGGAGUGGAGUGGAUGAACCGCGAAGCAGACCACCGGAGCAUUGGUAGGGAUCUCCUCGGACUGGGGGCUAGAGAGAGGGGGAGUCAAGACGGGACAGCUGAGGUUCUUUGGGCCCAAGGAUGCCCAGGAAAGAUACCCGCCACAACCGGGGACCUUCGGAGGAACCAGGAGGGGCCCGUGACACCGAGUCUGGAGAAUCGGCAGCCAUUAAGAUAGUGAAGCUUGAUCCAGGGGACGACAUUGGAUCGAUUCAGCAAGAAAUCACGACCCUCAGGGAUUGCCGUCACCCUAAUGUCGUGGCCUAUUUUGGCAGCUACCUCAGGAAUGACCGUCUGUGGAUCUGCAUGGAAUUUUGCGGAGGAGGUUCUCUGCAGGAAAUCUACCAUGCUACUGGCCCCCUCUCCGAAAAACAGAUUGCUUAUGUCUGCCGGGAAACUCUCCAGGGUCUUCACCAUCUGCACACCCAAGGGAAAAUGCACCGGGACAUCAAGGGGGCCAACAUCUUGCUUACCGCCAACGGCGACGUGAAACUCGCCGACUUCGGGGUCUCUGCAGAACUGACGGCGUCGGUGGCGAAACGGAACUCCUUCAUUGGAACCCCUUACUGGAUGGCUCCGGAGGUGGCCGCUGUGGAGAAGAAGGGGGGCUACAACCACCUGUGCGAUAUCUGGGCGCUGGGGAUCACGGCCAUAGAACUGGCUGAGCUGCAGCCGCCCCUGUUUGACCUGCAUCCCAUGAGGGCUUUGAUGUUGAUGUCCAAAAGCAGUUUCCAGCCCCCCAAGUUAAAAGAAAAGGCCUGCUGGUCCACAGAUUUUCACCAUUUCCUCAAACUUGCCCUCACCAAGAACCCCAAGAAGCGUCCGGUAGCAGAAAAGCUCUUGCAGCACCCUUUCAUCUGCCAGCCGCUCACCCGCCUCUUAGCGAUUGAGCUCCUGGAUAAAGCCACCAACCCUGACUUAGCAGCCGCUGCCCUGGAUGAUGGAGAUUUUGAGGCUUAUGAAGUCUUUCCUGACAAAAUCCAUUCGCAUAGGCAACACGGACAAGCGGAAGGUACCCUUGCAGAGAUCCAGCUGGAUCAGGUGAAAUUUGGUCCGCCGCUACGGAAAGAAACGGAACCGUGGUGCAAUCUGAAGGAGGAGGAGGAGGAGAAGUGGAUGCUCCUAGGAGAUGGAGAGAGCCUCCUUCAGUCGGUGGAAGAAGCACUAGAAGAGCGGAGCCUCACGAUCCGGCCGGCCUGCCCCCCGCAGCAGGCCCAUGAGGAGCAGCGGCCCAGCGGCCCCCAAGAGAGCGACACGGGCACCAUCAAGAGGGGACCCUUCUGGGAUUUCCUGAACCUGGAGCUGGCGUAUAAGCCCCCCUGGGAGCACGAGGACGGCCUUGAAACCCCAGACACGGAGCGGCAGAGAAGCCAGACCUUGCCAGGCAGCACAGAGUUGAGCAAGACCCCAGAUACCUCAGGGAAUGACUCCCCCAAACCUGCGGACUCACUUCUCUCCCUAGAGUGGGCCACGAUGAAGAGGAAAGAAGAGGCCACUAGGCUUAUCUGCCAUGGGCUGCCUCCCACCCCGAAAGUCCAUAUGGGUGCCUGUUUCUCCAAAGUGUUCAACGGCUGCCCACUGAAGAUCAAUUCGGCGACGACGUGGAUCCACCCAGAGACACGAGAUCUCUACCUGGUGGUGGGAGCCGAGGAAGGCAUUUACACCCUCAACCUCCACGAACUGCACGAGGACAUGAUGGAAAAGCUCCUUCCGCACAGAUGCUCUUGGCUUUACUGUAUGAAUAAUGUACUACUGACUUUAGCUGGGAAGUCCUCCCAGCUCUCCUCCCACAACCUGCUGGGUCUCUUCGAGCAGCGGCGUCAGCUGCAGAAGCGCCAGGUCCCUCUUUCGAUCGCCACCAACCGGUUGACGGAACGGAUCAUCCCCAGGAAGUUUGCACUUUCGUCCAAGAUAGCAGAUACCAAGGGCUGCUUGAAGUGUCGUGUGGUGCGGAACCCUUACUCUGGGAGCACGUUCCUGUGUGCUGCACUUCCCUCCAGCCUGGCUCUCCUGCAGUGGUACGAGCCCUUGCAGAAGUUCAUGCUGCUGAAGCACGUCUCAGUGAUCCUGCCAGACCCCUUGAUGCUGUUCGAACUCCUGGUGGUGGAGACGGAGGAAUACCCGCAGGCCUGCUUCGCCGUCACCGGCAGCGACCGGCCAGAGGCCGAGCUGCAUUUCAGCACCCUCUCCCUCAGCACCGGCCUCAGCACCUCAAGCCCUUCUGGCCGGCCCCUGGUCAUGGCCAGUCACGUCACUCAGAUGGACCGAGACACUGUCCUGGUGUGCUUUGAGCGCUGCGUGAGGGCGGUAGAUCUGUGCGGCGCGCCCCAGGGAGCCGUUGUUUCUGAGCUCACCUUCAGCUUCCCCAUCGAGACCAUAGUGUGCCUUCAAGACAGCGUCCUGGCCUUCUGGAAACAUGGCAUGCAAGGCCGGAGCCUGGAGUCCAGUGAGGUGACGCAGGAGGUCACAGACCAGUCCAGGGUGUUCCGGGUCCUGGGAGCCCACAGAGACAUCAUCCUGGAGAGCACGCCUACGGACAAUCCCGCGGCACAGAGCAACCUCUACAUCCUGACGGGUCACGAGAGCAGCUACUGAGCAGCUUUUCCAAAGACCUCUCCUCCCUUGGAAUGGCCUGGUCCUGCGGUGGACUGUCGGAGGGGAGGCCGUCUAGCCGGCUGGCUGUGAGCUGUGCUUGCCGAGAGCCGAGGAAGCCCGCUGAAAUGGUGGGUGUGUCUUGGGGCGGAGAAGAUUCCGCCCCCCUUCACCGUCUGUUGCUGCCAGAUGCACCCGUUUGGCGCCAGAGACGCUCUUUGCCGUUCUUGUCUUCCUGAGAUUCUGCUGUGUGCCAGGAUGAGGGGGGGAGAACCCUCUGCCCUGAUCUGGUCUAGGAACUCCUGAGAUACUUUGCAAUAAUUUGACCACUCGCCAGCCGAAAGCAUCUGCAACCUUUCCUGGCCACACCCUUGUGCCUGCUUGAACGCUUUCUAGUUCCCUCCCCACCCCGCUCGAACCCUUAGCCAUAGAGAGACUGGGUGAGACCUGAUGGCCUCACCCGGCCACCGGCGUGAAGACAAUCGUUCACCUGGGGUCCGCAAAGGGCCCCCCUCCCUCCCUUCGCACUUGAGCUUUAAUUUAAAGGUCUUUCAGGGCACUUUGAGAUGUCGACCUGCCUCCUUGAGUGGGACCAGGGGCAAAGAUUUUCAGGUGGAAUGACUGAGCUCGUGAAUCAGUCAAGCCUGAUUUGGGCCGAACUGGAUAACUGUUGCUGGGAAUUUCUGGGGUGGCUGGCGUGCGUGUCUGUGUGUCUGUCUGAGAGAGAGAGUGAGAGUGCGCAGAAUGUUUGUUGAAAAUUGGGCCUCAAGAAUACAGAUAGAUUUGGGGGCAGAUAGUGGCUGAGACAGUGAAUAUUGCCUCCCAAGGCAACUCUCUUCAAGAAACUGGGCGUACGUGUACGCUUGAGACCAGUUUCCAAGCUAGCGGGGCUGAGGAUUCCUAAUUUGCUGAUAAGCUCUUUGGAAAACUACAGUUCCCAGGGCUGGUGCAUUUUAAUGAGAUGAUCCGGCCCUUGCAAAACUACAGUUCCCAGGGUCCCUCGAGAGGGAAUGUGACAGCUGAACUGGGUUCAAGACAACCUAGAUUUUUUUGGCAGCAAGGUGUUUUCCCUUGUGCAGGCCUGCGGGACCUGUGGCCUAUCUAGCCCUACUGAUCCUGCCAGCCGUAUCGGGCUUUGCUUUUGCAAGCUCAGGCAGGCAGAAAGUCAAAACUGGGAAGAAUGGGGCUGCAUGGCUGGUGGGCUUCCUUGCACUUGUCCACACUUUGAAGGCCUGCCUAGAGGUUACAUGUUGGUUGAAUGACUACUGAUUGGUCUGUGGGGGUGCUGCGUUUGGGUCGGUCGCUGUGGUAGAGAGCUGAGCUGUCUGGCUACCUUGGGGAGCACGAGAGAAACUCAACGGUGCACAGCUAGGCCGACCGCAAUCCGCACCUUUAGGUGCCAACGAGGCUUCCCUUCCCGGGCUGCUAAUUUCUCUGUAUUGUUUUUGUUUGUUUGUUUAAUUGCUAGAGAGCUGGAAUGUUAUUGUCUGAGAAAACCAAAUUUGAAAAGAAGCUAUUUAAAAUAGAGAUUGAUAUUAAAACAGUGGUAUUUCACUCCCAGGAA